AUGGAUUCAUCAUCAAUUGAAAGAACUAAAGUAUCACGUGCUUGUGAUUAUUGUAAAAAGAGGAAAUUUAAAUGUAGUGGAAUUACACCAUGUGAUUUAUGUUUAAAGAAAUCAAUUGAAUGUACUUUUAGUAUAAUUGAUAGAAGAACUAUACGACGUAAGAAUAAAAAGAGAACUACUAAGAAUAAUAUCACUAAGAAUAAGAUUAGUAAAGAUGAUACAAUAAUAGAUAAACAUAUCUUGAAGAUCUUAUCUAAAAAGAAUAAUAUUCCAAAACAUUAUCAACCGUUACUUACUUUCCCUUUACAUAAAGUAGACGCUACAACAACUAAGGAUGAGGACGAGGAUGAGGAUGAACAUGAAGGUAUAGAUGAAGAUAGACAAGAUCAUGAAGAAAUCCUCAACAAUAACCCCGUCUCCAAACACAAUCCAGCUGCAGCAUUAUGCAACGAUGGAGACAAUGGAAUAUGCGAAGACGGUACCCUUGAAGAAGAAGACGACAGCAACAACCAACCAGAAGAUUCCAAAGACUCUAUACCCAAACCAAAGAACCCAACACAAAAAGAAUUAGACGCAUUAUUAGCCGGUACCACCAAACAAUCAUCAUCAUCAUCAAAACAGCGAGAACCACCAAGAGUCUUAUAUGAUUCAACCGGAAAUUUACGAUAUUUCGGUGAAAGUUCCCCCCUUGCAUUUUUAUUCGAAUGUAGAAAAAUCUUUAGUGAUAGAAUUGGAGAACUGGCAUUCACAUCCAAUCAAUCCAAUGUAGAAAUCACCGAUAUACCCGAUGAAUCAAGUGAUGCUAUACAAGUUGAAUUACCCACUCGAGAUAUUUGUGAUUAUUUGGUGAAUAUUUUCUUUAUGAACAUAUCUCAAGCAUGUUAUUUAUUCGACAUGAACCAUUUCGUACUCAAUGUUGUUGAUUUCGUAUAUGAUAACAAACACCCCGAUUCAUCCGCCACGUCGCCACCUCCACCUGAGAAAAUCGCUUUGUUGUAUUUAGUUAUCGGACUCGGAUUGACAUAUGCGGAAUUAUCCCUGGAUGAUAUAAUUCAACAAAUCCCCAAUCCGACAAUCAUGACCGGUAAGGCAUAUUUCGAAUUCGGAAUGUAUUUAACCAAAAAACACAUGAAUAAUGGCAGAUUAUGGAUAACUGAAGCUUGUAUAAUUGCGUUUUAUUAUUAUCAAUCGGUCCAACAACGAAACACGGCUUGGUUGAUGUUAGGUAUGGCAAUUAGAAACGCUCAAGCUUUAGGAUUACAUCGAAAAUUCAUUAAUGAAUCAUUUCGUGAUCAAGGAUAUAUUAGACAUAGGAGAAAAUUGUUUAAGAGUCUUUAUGUGAAUGAUCGAAUUGCGUCGAUUUUGGUGGGGAGACCAUUGAUUAUUGAUGAUUAUGAUUGGGAUGAUUUUGAUAAUGAAGAUAUUUAUGAAUAUGAUACUCUGGGGAAACCGAUAAAAUAUCAACGGAUAACUUGUUUGAUUGAGGCUACUAAGAUUGCAAGACUAAAUGGGAAGAUUGUCAGGAAUUUCUACGUUGAUGGGAUUUUGAAUCCUUAUAAAGCGGAGAAACUCGCUAUUGAAUCAAAAAUAUUAUCACUUAAUUUACCACGAAGUAUUCAGAUUGAUCAAGUUGUUGAGAAUAAUUUAGUUCCCAAUACUAAUAAUGAACAAUUGAUCAGAGAUACCAAGAUCCCAUUGUUGUUAGUCCAUUUGUCUCAACUAUAUGGAAUAGUCCUCCUUUGUCGUCCAUUUUUCAUGUAUUUAGUCUUUCACAAAAAGAAAAAGAAAGCAUUUACCAAAAAACCAAAAUCUCGUCAAGAUAUUGCCCUUUGCAAUUUCUGUAAAGCAACCGUCAAAUCAUCAUCCCUUGUCAUCCAAUUAAUAGAUUAUUAUAUAGGAUAUAUCCGUUUCCUCCCACAACGUGUUGAAUCGAAUGGAAUUAUCCAUUGCUGUUUAAUGGCGGCAUUAGUUAUCGGAUUAUCGAUAUUAUAUUUUGAAUUGAAUCAAUAUACUGAAGAAGAAGGAUAUCUGGCCCGAAAACAAAUGGAAUAUUUAAAUUCAGCAAAAAUGGUAUUUGAAUUCUAUUCGAAAUCAAAUCCAAUAUCAAAAAGAUUUUAUAUAAUUGUGGAUGAUAUGCAAAAAGCAUUAAUGGAAAGGUUUGAAUUGGAUUUGAAUGGGAAUAAAUUAUCCAUGGUCCCACCAACAGCACCUACAUUUACAACAACCACAACCAAUACUUCCCCAACGACAGCCAACACCUCCGUAACAACUACUAUUCCAGAACAACAACCACCGGUUGCACCUCCAAUCAUCGCCGCCCCAAUUCCAACCCAGCCCGUCCAACCCCAAUUCGAUCCCCUCCUCAAACAACAACCACAACCUAACUUCAUCCCACCACCACCACCACCUCAUCCAAUUCCAUUCCAUGCAGCCCAUGAUCAGCACGAUUAUGUCACGUUCAAUGAAGACUACGACAAUUUUAUCGAUUCAUUUGGAGCCCUACUCCCUAUGGCAACUAUGAGUCAGAGCAUAAAUCCAAAAAUCCCCCUCAUGAUCAAUCAUCACCACCAUCAGCAUCAUCAAUUUCAAUCAUAUUCGAAUCCGAAUCUGUCGUCAUCGCCUACUACUUCGGAUUCUAGUCGGGAAGGUCAGAUUGUGAAUAAUGGUGGGAAUGGGAGUGGGAAUGGAUCGGGGACGGUGAAAAGGGAACCGUUGGAUAUGUUUAUGUAUAGUGUUGGUGUUAAUGAUGUGUUAUAUGAUGGACAUGUUUAG